AUGGAACGACUGCAGAAGCAACCACUUACCUCCCCAGGGAGCGUGAGCUCCUCCCGAGGCUCCAGUGUUCCCGGCUCGCCCUCCAGCAUCGUGGCCAAGAUGGACAAUCAGGUGUUGGGCUACAAGGACCUGGCUGCCAUCCCCAAGGACAAGGCCAUCCUGGACAUCGAGCGGCCUGACCUCAUGAUCUAUGAGCCUCACUUUACCUAUUCCCUCCUGGAACACGUGGAACUGCCCAGAAGCCGGGAGCGCUCUCUGUCACCCAAAUCCACAUCCCCCCCACCAUCCCCAGAGGUGUGGGCAGACAGCCGAUCCCCUGGAAUCAUCUCUCAGACUUCAGUCCUUAGAACCACUGGAACCCCCCGGACCAGCUUGCCCCAUUUCCACCACCCUGAGACCUCCCGCCCGGACUCCAACAUCUACAAGAAGCCACCCAUUUACAAGCAAAGAGAGUCUGUAGGAGGUAGCCCUCAGAGCAAGCACCUCAUUGAGGACCUCAUCAUCGAGUCAUCCAAGUUCCCUGCAGCCCAGCCUCCUGACCCCAACCAGCCAGCCAAGAUUGAAACUGACUACUGGCCAUGCCCCCCAUCACUGGCCGUUGUGGAGACAGAAUGGAGGAAGCGGAAGGCAUCUCGGAAAGGGGCAGAGGAAGAGGAGGAGGAGGAAGAUGAUGACUCUGGAGAGGAGAUGAAGGCUCUUAGGGAGCGUCAGAAAGAGGAACUCAGUAAGGUUACUUCCAACUUGGGAAAGAUGAUCUUGAAAGAAGAAAUGGAAAAGUCACUGCCUAUCCGGAGGAAAACCCGCUCCCUGCCUGACCGAACACCUUUUCAUACCUCUUUGCACCCUGGAACGUCUAAGUCAUCUUCUCUUCCUGCUUAUGGCAGAACCACUCUGAGCCGGCUACAGUCCACAGACUUCAGCCCAUCAGGGAGCGAAACUGGAAGCCCAGGUCUGCGGAACGGAGAGGGCCAGAGGGGGAGGAUGGACCGGGGGAACUCCCUGCCCUGUGUACUGGAGCAGAAGAUCUAUCCCUAUGAAAAGCUGGUGGUGACCAAUAAGGGGCGAACCAAGUUGCCUCCAGGUGUGGAUCGCAUGCGGCUUGAGAGACAUCUGUCAGCUGAGGACUUCUCAAGAGUAUUUGCCAUGUCUCCCGAGGAGUUUGGCAAGUUGGCUCUGUGGAAGCGGAAUGAACUCAAGAAAAAGGCCUCUCUCUUCUGA